AACAAAAAUACUUUCAAAAANAAAAAUAUCGAACAGUUUUGGGCAGUUUAAAAAUCAUGAUUCGAUUCUUGUUAUUCAACAAAAUAUUCAACAGAUACCAAUGGGCGAUGGGAGCCAACUUCGAGUUCCGAAGGCGUUCUAUCAUUAUUCGGAACGUGAUAUGGGUGCCGAAUCUGGAUGGGAAAUUCCCAGUAAUGGACGUCUACUAGAUCUCAAUACGCUGGUGAAGAACAACAGACGAGAGAUCAACGGUGUCUACCUACCUUUUCCUAACAUGGAACCCAUUAAUCUCCAUUUCAUAACCCAGAGGACAUUCGAGAAAGGAAUUGACACCGCGGCACACGACCAAUCGCCAGACGGCACCCUUCAAGCAGCCAAAAGAAUUUGCAUGCUGGGCUCGGAAAGUGAUUGUGAACGAGCACUGUUGCAAUACCACCGAACAAAGGCUUACCAUAUUCAACAACAAAUGAAGCCUUUACACCAACAACUGAUUAACCUGGGUGAUCUGACUUCGUACUCUACCCUGCGAGAUCGAGAAGGAGGUGGAAUGGGAGUUGUAGUCGGCGUUCCUGGAUACGAUCCGCUCUAUGUUGGGGGUGCUCUUGAUCAGAACAAAGAUAGCAAUGUCGGCUUUCAACUCUCACCUCCACAGUGA